GAUGUAGCAAUAAAAAAGAGAGAAAACUAUUACAUUUUCAGAUGGCUAACAAUAAAAAUAAGAAGAAAAUUAAUAUUAACCAGUCAAAGGAUAGCAUUCAGAAGGAUAGUAUUAUUUGUUAUUUAAACUUUUAUUAGGUAUCAAAAUAAUCCCUAAUCUCAAAAAAUAAUUCCUUUUUCAGCAUAUGCUUAAUAUGCUUAAUACCCUUAAAAACUUAAGAAUGCAAGUCUUUAUAAAACAGAUCAACCAAUGCACCCUAUAGAUUCAAAAAAAAUGGAUUUAAGAUCACUUAAAAGGCUGUAUAAAUUUUAAAGCAUCAUAGUUUUUUAGUUUGCAAUAUUCUAAUGUUAAGUUAAUUAUCUACCUUUACAUUUUUUAGAUGCUAUUCAGAAUUUUUAUAUGGAGGAAGAGCAGAGAGGAUAGCUUGUAUCAUGUUUAUUAUCUCGUAAUAAAUUUCUAUUAAUUAAGGCUUGUCGUUUUUACUUUUGGAAAUUGUAUAAGUAUAUGUUCAAAAAAGAGAUUUUUAUAUUAUUAGGUUAUAAUGGGCAUAAGUUUAAUAUUUGAAAUAAGUGGAUCUAUUAUUAUAUUUGCCUCUUUUAAUUAUGUAGACUAGAAUUUAUAUUAUCAAGAGGAUGAAUAAAAAUAUCCAAAAGAGGUUGGGUAUCAAUUAAAUAUAAACAAUUAGAUUGAUAUAUUAUAUUAUUAGUUUCAUUCUAAUAAUGAUUACUGAUGGAAUUUUAAUAUAUUGUUUAAGGAAAAUCAGAUUUAAGUAGUUAGAUUUGAUUAUCUCUAAGGGAACUACUGAAAUAUAGACUGAUGUUUAUGAACAAAUUAAAUUAUUGGAAAUGAUAUAAGAUGCACCAUAAAUUUGA